AUGGCUUCAUUUGAUUUCCAAUCACUGUUUACGAAUGUUCCCGGUCGGGAGGUCAUACGUAUCAUGUGUGAUCAUGUGGAGCAAAACGAACUGAAAAUCGGUAUACCAGUAUCAGUUCUGGUACGACAAUUACUACUGUGCACAACAAACGUAUCGUUCUCCUUCCUUGGUUGGGCUUACAGACAAAUUGACGGUGUCGCAAUCGGAACUCCAUUGAGCCCCAUUCUGGCACAUAUGUUUUUGGCUCAUCUUGAGGAAAAGGCGAGCAAAAUCCUCGAACGUUCACAACUUUACAAACGAUACGUUGAUCAUGUUCUAGUCAUCACAAUAAGUCUAGAAGAGACAACAUGGAUUAUGGAUAAACUCGAUCGCCUGCAUCCGAAUAUACGAUUUACGAUGGAAACAGAAAUCGAAGAUACACUGCACUUCCUCGACAUUAAAAUGACUAGGAAUAAUGAUGGAACAAUGGCCAGAUCUGUUUACCGAAAAGAAACUUGGACAGGCCAAUGCUUGCAAUUUGACAGCUUUGUGUCUGUGGAAUAUGAACGUGGUCUGGUCCGAACACUAUUUCAAACAGCACGACAUAUCUGCACAGAAGACAUGAUUGACAACGAACUACGACAGCUGAAAGAAUCUUUGACUAGAAACGCUUAUCCCGAUGCGUUUAUCGAAAAGCACAGCAAGCCUAAAUUGAUCAGACAAACGAAUUGUUCAGCAGAAAAACUACUAGUCACCAUUUGUCUUCCAUUCAUACGUGAUGACAUCAAUUGCUUGCUCAAACGACCACUUGGAUCAGCGCUUGCCCAAAACAAAUAUUAUGCACCUGACCUCAGAAUUAUUCAUCGAACGAUUGAGAUCCCCACACCCUCGGUGAAACAACGUCCACCUCUGUACACCAAAUCGAAUCUGAUUUACCAAUUUCAGUGUAGUUGCGGAGCAACGUACGUGGGUCGAACAGAGCGCCAGUUACGUAACCGAGUGAUUGAAUAUAUUCCAAAUUGGGUACAACGUUUUGUGAUGCAAUCAGGGUCAGAUCAAAGGCAUAAUGACAACGUUCGAAACCAUAAGAUCCCGUCGUCGGCUGUCGGCCGUCGGCCGUCGGCCGUCGCUCGUCAUCUUCUGAUGACGCAACAUCCAGCUGACCGAAGCACUGCGUUUCGGGUCAUUUACGUGGCAAAGAAUACGAGGCUUUUGAGACAAAUUGACGGUGUCGCAAACGGAACUCCAUUGAGCCCCAUUCUGGCACAUAUGUUUUUGGCUCAUCUUGAGGAAAAGGCGAGCAAAAUCCUCGAACGUUCACAACUUUACAAACGAUACGUUGAUCAUGUUCUAGUCAUCACAAUAAGUCUAGAAGAGACAACAUGGAUUAUGGAUAAACUCGAUCGCCUGCAUCCGAAUAUACGAUUUACGAUGGAAACAGAAAUCGAAGAUACACUGCACUUCCUCGACAUUAAAAUGACUAGGAAUAAUGAUGGAACAAUGGCCAGAUCUGUUUACCGAAAAGAAACCUGGACAGGCCAAUGCUUGCAAUUUGACAGCUUUGUGUCUGUGGAAUAUGAACGUGGUCUGGUCCGAACACUAUUUCAAACAGCACGACAUAUCUGCACAGAAGACAUGAUUGACAACGAACUACGACAGCUGAAAGAAUCUUUGACUAGAAACGCUUAUCCCGAUGCGUUUAUCGAAAUACACAGCAAGACUAAAUUGAUCAGACAAACGAAUUGUUCAGCAGAAAAACUACUAGUCACCCUUUGUCUUCCAUUCAUACGUGAUAACAUCAAUUGCUUGCUCAAACGACCACUUGGAUCAGCGCUUGCCCAAAACAAAUAUUAUGCGCCUGACCUCAGAAUUAUUCAUCGAACGAUUGAGAUCCCCACACCCUCGGUGAAACAACGUCCACCUCUGUACACCAAAUCGAAUCUGAUUUAUCAAUUUCAGUGUAGUUGCGGAGCAACCUACGUGGGUCGAACAGAGCGCCAGUUACGUAACCGAGUGAUUGAAUAUAUUCCAAAUUGGGUACAACGUUUUGUGAUGCAAUCAGGGUCAGAUCAAAGGCAUAAUGACAACGUUCGAAACCAUAAGAUCCCGUCGUCGGCUGUCGGCCGUCGGCCGUCGGCCGUCGCUCGUCAUCUUCUGAUGACGCAACAUCCAGCUGACCGAAGCACUGCGUUUCGGGUCAUUUACGUGGCAAAGAAUACCAGGCUUUUGAGACAAAUUGACGGUGUCGCAAUCGGAACUCCAUUGAGCCCCAUUCUGGCACAUAUGUUUUUGGCUCAUCUUGAGGAAAAGGCGAGCAAAAUCCUCGAACGUUUACAACUUUACAAACGAUACGUUGAUCAUGUUCUAGUCAUCACAAAAAGUCUAGAAGAGACAACAUGGAUUAUGGAUGAACUCGAUCGCCUGCAUCCGAAUAUACGAUUUACGAUGGAAACAGAAAUCGAAGAUACACUGCACUUCCUCGACAUUAAAAUGACUAGGAAUAAUGAUGGAACAAUGGCCAGAUCUGUUUACCGAAAAGAAACUUGGACAGGCCAAUGCUUGCAAUUUGACAGCUUUGUGUCUGUGGAAUAUGAACGUGGUCUGGUCCGAACACUAUUUCAAACAGCACGACAUAUCUGCACAGAAGACAUGAUUGACAACGAACUACGACAGCUGAAAGAAUCUUUGACUAGAAACGCUUAUCCCGAUGCGUUUAUCGAAAAGCACAGCAAGCCUAAAUUGAUCAGACAAACGAAUUGUUCAGCAGAAAAACUACUAGUCACCCUUCGUCUUCCAUUCAAACGUGAUGACAUCAAUUGCUUGCUCAAACGACCACUUGGAUCAGCGCUUGCCCAAAACAAAUAUUAUGCACCUGACCUCAGAAUUAUUCAUCGAACGAUUGAGAUCCCCACACCCUCGGUGAAACAACGUCCACCUCUGUACACCAAAUCGAAUCUGAUUUAUCAAUUUCAGUGUAGUUGCGGAGCAACCUACGUGGGUCGAACAGAGCGCCAGUUACGUAACCGAGUGAUUGAAUAUAUUCCAAAUUGGGUACAACGUUUUGUGAUGCAAUCAGGGUCAGAUCAAAGGCAUAAUGACAACGUUCGAAACCAUAAGAUCCCGUCGUCGGCUGUCGGCCGUCGGCCGUCGGCCGUCGGCCGUCGGCCGUCGCUCGUCAUCUUCUGA